CAGUCACUUAACUUAAUCGAACUCUCGACGACAUGUCCAGCAUUAUGCUCUAAAAAAUCAUUAGCCAAUCUUCUAGUCAUCUCAGCAUUCAGAAAUCAAGUGCGGAAAAUGUCCACGGGACCCACCAAGUUCCAGGAGCAUCUUUGUGGAAUGAUAGAGGAGCCCCCACGUCACCGACACUCGAGCGUGUGCAAACUAAUGCACGCUAAGGUUGUUCUUCACAGAUUAGAAGAUCUAUAUAUCAGCCAAGCCCAUUAUCCUGAGCAGCAGGAGUCAGAGUGCAUCAAGGAGGAGGAGAAGAGUCCCCAUCUAUAAAGACGGAGGAGGAGUUCAUACACAUCAAAGUGGUUAUCUUCUUCAGCGGUGGGCUAUAAAAGCCUUACUUACACUCUCUGGCUCCUUUGAGGGUGACGCCAGAAAGCCUAACACUCUGUGCUGGCAGUGGAAAGGUCAGAUUCAUUCAUCUGUGUACCAAUACAAAAAAAAGUCACUCCUCAUCAUCCAUUCUCAAGCUCAUCAAGGUGAGAGUAUAAGCAACAGAGGAGCUGACGUUUAGGGAUCAGCCAUGCUUAAAGGCUUCUGGACAGAUUUGUUGGUCGCAGUGACUCUAGUCUUUCUAAUUCCGACUGGGACGCAAUGCAGAGCAGAAAAUGACAUUUUAUCCAUUACUUUACCAGACUGGAGAACAGAUUCAGAAUAUGUUACACAGUGCUCGUUCAGGAAACUCAGAAAUGCAGUGUGCAACUGGACAACGACUCAGCAUACAUCAAAUGCUACAACAUGGGAUAGAAUAGAAAGUGAAGCACUGAAUCAAGGUGAAGCAUGUCUAGAAUUCUGGUAUUUGGCCCGUCCUGAUACCUUCAAAGUUGGAGCUUUGCUCAAAAGCAGUAUUGGUCUGGUGGAAAUCUGGACUUCGCCUGGACCACCACAAGAUUCUUGGCGCCAAGUGUUAGUGCCACUAAGUAUUAUUGAACCUGAGACGAAGGUUGUACUAGAAGCGGUCCGGACAGUGUUCCCAGAGAAACGGAUGACAUUUAACAACAUCGGCAUUAGAAGAGGCUCAUGCGAAACUCAAACUACAAAAAAACCUCAAGCAACCCCACCCUUUUCAACAAUUCCAUCUCAAACAGCAGAUCCAUCUUCUUGUCCCAUUAACUGCGACUUUGAGAAGAAUCUGUGUACCUGGCAGCAACUCAUACAGGACACCUUUGAUUGGACAAGAUAUUCUGGUGCCACCCCAUCAGUCGGAAGUGGACCAGACAAUGACCACACCACGGGGGCUGGAUUCUACUUGUACAUUGAGGGCGACCAUGUGACACGAGGAGACCCAGCUCGUCUGUUGAGCACAGAGUGCCACCACAGUGGCCCAGUCUGCCUCCGCUUCUGGUACCAUAUGUAUGGCUCUGCCACAGCCAUGGCCUUAAAUAUAUACUUGCUUCAAGGAAACAAAGCUACCAAGAUUUGGUCCAUUAAGAACAACCAUGGGCAAGAAUGGCAUUUAGCAAAAGUUGAUGUCAAUGUCUCCAGACCUUUCCAGAUCAUUGUGGAGGGAAUCAGAGGCUCCAAUGCUCUUUCAGAUGUGGCGAUAGAUGACAUUUCGAUUGACUUCAGCUCUUGCUCAAGUAUUCUGGAACACAGAACCAAACCUCCCUUAAUUGCAGAAGUCGCUCCCUCAAACCCAGUUUGCAGCUUAAAUUGUAGCUUCGAUAGAAAUAUUUGCAGCUGGAAGCAGAUGAUCACCGAUGCUUUUGACUGGACAUGGCAAAGUGGUUCUACGCCUACAUUAAUGACUGGGCCCUCCUUUGACCACACUGGAGAGGGUCACUACCUUUACAUUGAGGCCAAUACUGCUUCUCACGGAGAUACAGCUCGUCUUAUCAGUUCCGAAUGUUCUACUAUCGGUCCCCAUUGUCUGCAGUUCUGGUACCAUAUGUACGGGUCAGCCGAUACAAUGGGCCUCCAUCUAUAUUUGGUCCAGGACAAAAAAGCUAAUGUUAUUUGGUGGAAAAGGAAUGAUCAAGGAAAUAUGUGGCAAUUGGCUCAAGUAGACGUGACAGUCACCACUGCUUUUCAGGUCAUAAUAGAGGGGCGCAGGGGGUCCAAUAAAGAAUCUGAUGUCGCCAUAGAUGAUAUAACGUUUUACCAUGGGCAAUGUUCAGAGCUAAGUGGGGCCAUGACAACACGCCUUCCCAAACCUGAUGGAAAUAUCACAGCUUCUCCAAAUGUCACACUGCCUUUAACUGCAGUUACAGAACUUCCUGCAGUGAAUGUUACAGAUCAAUUCCCUGUUACAGCUUGGCCACCUGUGACAAAUAUCACUGUACCUCCUGUCCCUGAAGCCACAACUAAUUUAAUUAUGAAUGAUAAUGUGACUGGAGCUUCACACAACAAACCACCUCACUCAGUGUGCCAGUUCAACUGUGAUUUUGAGAAGGAUUUAUGUCAUUGGAAUCAGAUGCUUACUGAUGUAUUUGACUGGACAAGAAACAGGGGCUCAACCCCUUCUUUUAGAACAGGGCCCUCUUCAGAUCAUACUACAGAAGAUGGCCACUACCUUUACAUUGAAGCCAACAGAGCAUCAUUUGGAGACACAGCUCGUCUCAUCAGCUCAGAGUGCCCUGCCUCAGGUCCUCAGUGUCUUCAGUUUUGGUACCAUAUGUAUGGCUCAGCUCAUACUAUGGGCCUACAUGUGUAUCUGCUGCAGCACAAAAAAGCGAGUGCUAUUUGGUGGAAGAGCAAUGAUCAAGGAAAUAUGUGGCACUUAGCUGAAGUGGAUUUGGUUGUCAAUGGAUCUUUCCAGAUCAUUUUUGAGGGGCGCAGAGGCGCUAACGAAGAGUCUGAUGUCGCCAUUGAUGAUGUAAUGCUUUACCAGGCCCAAUGUUCAGAGCUAAGCAGUGUGGGGACAGCACAAACACCCGACCCCGAAGGCAACACCACUCAUUAUCCAAGUUUCACAUCACAAGUAACUGCAGUUACAGAGCUUCCAUCGGUAAAUGUUACAGAUCAAUUUCCUGCUACAAUUAGUUCAACUGUGGCAAAUGCCACGGUGCGUCCUGUCACUGAGGCCACAACUAAUCCAAACAGCAAUGUAACUGCAGAUACACAGAACAGACCAGCUCAUUCAGUGUGCCAAAUCAACUGUGAUUUUGAGAAAGAUUUAUGCCAUUGGAAUCAGCUCCUGGUUGAUGUGUUUGACUGGACAAGGCUAAGUGGCUCAACCCAAACAUUUGGAACAGGGCCUUCUUCGGAUCACACGACAGGACAUGGCCAUUAUCUUUACAUUGAAGCUAACAGCGCUUCACAUGGAGAUACAGCUCGUCUCAUCAGUUCCAAAUGUUCUACAUCCGGGCCUCAGUGUUUGCAGUUCUGGUACCAUAUGUAUGGUUCAGCCGAUACUAUGGGCCUCCAUGUGUAUUUGCUGCAGGACAAAAAAGCUGAUGUUAUUAGCUGGACGAGAAACAAUCAUGGGAACAUGUGGCAUUUAGCCCAAAUUGACUUCACAACCAAUGGAUCUUUUCAGAUACUUUUUGAAGCCCGACGAGGUUCAAAUGAUCAGUCAGAUGUGGCCAUAGAUGAUAUAUCCCUAUCUAGUGGCCGAUGUUCAGAUCUGACGAAACCUACAUCCCCUGUCCCAAUGACUACCGAUUCAGUUACAACUGAAAGUUUUAAACCCCCAAUAAACACAACAGGGUCUGAGACACAGACAACAAGACUAGCAACAAGCAAACCCAUGCACCCGAGUGCCUCAACUGAAUCUCAAACUUCUGACACAGCGCACCCGUUAUCAACUCCAGCCCAUACUCCACAAGCAACCAAUUCUUGGACUCCAAAUGCCACCUCUGCCACAAACAACAGUGAUACCACAGCCUUCAACGGCAUGUGAACCACAAACUACUGCCACAGCUCACCCAUCAUCAACCGACUACCCAGAUAAUGAAGGAACGGAAGACCCAGGACUUGAACCAACAACUGCUGCGAGUCAUGUCAUCACUUGAAAUUAAUAUCUCAAGCCCCCCAUUUACUACAAAAUAGACACGAAGGGGUGCCAUUUGUUUGUGCUACAUUUCACUAGUUGCACUAGCUGGUACGCAGCGUCAGCCACAACGGAGUCGCUGCGAUUGACGUCAUCAUUCGAAAUUAAUACAGUGAUCCCUCGAUCUCUAUAAAACGCUAGCAGCAAAAAUACUUUUUUUUCAGCACAAAUGUAGAAUAAACAAAAUGCACCAUUCCGGGUCUGUUUUGCAAUGAAUGUGGGGCUGUGUGACGUCAUCACUCAAAAUUAAUACAGUGAUCCCUCGUUUUUCCGCAAAGGUAUAGCUUAUUUACAUUAAAAAAUGUGUGUUCAAUGUAUUUAUUCAGAUUUAGCAUUGUAAAGAGAUACAAGACGUGAUUUUCCCUUUUUUCCUCAAAGUAUAAUUCUUUAUUAAAUUCUUCAAUGAGCGAGUCCUCUCAAAUCAACUCAUGCUGCUUAGAACACCACACGACACAUCACAAUGAGUUGCCAUAGCGACUACAGCCAAUGUUUAAAAAGUUAAAUGAGGCGGCGGCCGUUUAAAGGUAGUUGUCUGGCCACUUCAAAGCAGGUCCCUUGUCACUCACUGUUUAACAAGCUGCAGGGAGAGCGAGAGGUUGCACGUGAUCGGAUGGGAUAUUUCUAUAAAAUCGUGCAUUUUUUAAAAAAUAAUUUUUUUAAUUGAAAAAAAAAAUCCCCGAUGGACUGAGGGCGCGAUGUUUGAAGCGCAAAGUAGCGAGGGAUCACUGUAUGUCAAUAUCUCAAAAAUGAUAGCAGCACAAACGAAAAUUUUUACAGCAUAUACGACUGACACCAUCUUUAGCUAUUUUUAUUCAAAACGGGGGGCUAGCUGACCUCAGAUUGACCCAUAAAAGAAUUGUUAAUAUAUCAAAAACUACAGUAGCACAAACGAAAACAAUUAAGUUUCCAAGAAAUAAAAAAUACAAUCUCAUUAACAAAGACUUCUUUAGAUAUCUGCAAAUACGUGAUUACUAUAUUAACCCUUGAGAGUCUAAGGACGCGCCGGCGCGUCCUCAGCGCACGUCGUCUUUGAAGCGCCCUCACGUUUUAAUUACGUCACCCACAUGCCGUUGGUUGGUCUCGUUUUAAAGUGCGGAAGUUGCGGUUUACUCUCGUUAUUAUUUGAAGUCAAUCGACCAACUAAAACGUGAGAUUUUGUCAUUUAAAUUUUAUAGUUUUAUUGUCCUCUCAAAAAAACAUUAAAACGCUGCAUGGAUCAUUUGUUUAUGUCUAUAUUUCCAUCAUUUCUUGUCCUUUUUCAAAACGGA